AGGACUGUCAUGGCUGAAAAGUUUUGAUAUCUGGGCAAGAUGGUCCGUUGUAAAAUCAAGUUAUUCCAGCUCGCUUUCGCUUUGAUCCUGAUAUCCGGCCGUGUUAUCGACGCCCGGAAACACAAGCUCGAUCUGAAGAAUGACAGUCGCAGAUACUUCCCUAUCAGCACCUUUGGCUUCUACCGCAAUGGCUACCUGGACGUGAAGGUGGACAAGUUCAAGAUCACACCCGAGAAUGCAGACAAAAAGUUCGGCUUCAGCCUGGAGAAGACGGCCAACCCCUACACUGACAACCACCCAGAGCAAUGCCAGCUCAACAACUUCAAGUACAAUGACUCCGCAGUCCAGCACGUGUUUUUCAUCUUCGACCUGGCCAACAAGCAGGUCUACUUGAACUGCAGUGCUGACAUGACGCUGCUGCACGUGUUGAAAGGCAAGGACGUCCUCGAGAACUCAAAAGAGCUUAAACACCUGCGCUUGACGGACACCAACCUCUUUGCUUCACAUAAACAAAAGCGAGCAACAUGGGCUAGGAGCAAGAGAGAUGCAGAAACCGAGUUGAAGGGUCCUGCCAAGGAUGGGACCAGCACAGUGAGACCGGUGAAUCGUGAGGUCAUCAAGCAGAAGUGCAAUGAUGUGAAGAUCAACAUGACUUAUGAAAAUGGCUUCUAUAGUUUCAAGUUUCUGGUGUAUGUGGCCCUGGAGAAGGAGGAGGGGCUGUACAACCUCAACUUCCACAACUGCAUGAAUUACCCACCAGGUGCUGGGUACUCAAAGAUCGACAUGGCUUUGCAGAUCGAGGAAGUGAAUCCUGACGACAACUACCUGUCUGCUGGUGAGAUGCCGCUGCCUGCUCUCUACUUCAUGAUGGCCCUCCUCUUCUUCCUCUCGGCUUGCUUCUGGUUCUUCCUCCUCAAGAAGAGCAAGGAUCCCGUCUUCAAGAUCCACUACCUGAUGGGUGUUCUGGUCAUUAUCAAGUCGUUCAGCCUGCUCUUCCAUGGUGUCAACUACCACUUCAUUCAGACAAGAGGAGUCCACAUGGAGGCCUGGGCUGUCAUGUUCUAUAUCAUGCACCUGCUGAAGGGCGCUCUGCUGUUCACCGUUCUGGCUCUCAUUGGCUCCGGCUGGGCCUUCAUCAAGCACGUUCUCUCCAGCAAAGAGAGGAAGAUCUUCAUGAUUAUCAUCCCCCUCCAGAUCAUUGCCAACGUUGCCACGAUCAUAGUAGAGGAGACGGAAGAGGCCAGCCAGGAGCACGCUAUGUGGGUGGAGCUGCUCUUCCUCCUGGACUUCCUUUGCUGUGGAGCCAUCUUGCUGCCUGUAGUCUGGUCCAUUCGUCACUUGCAGGAAGCCUCUCAGAGCGACGGAAAGGCUGCCAUCAACCUUAAGAAACUGAAACUCUUCCGUCACUUCUACAUCAUGAUUGUCUGCUACAUUUACUUUACAAGGAUAAUUGUCUAUUUGUUGAGGAUGACAGUACCCUUCCAGUACGAGUGGCUGGAUGACAUGUUCCGCGAGAUGGCAACCUACGUGUUCUUUGUGAUGACGGGCUACAAAUUCCGUCCUGCCAACAACAACCCUUACUUUAGGGUAACCACCGAUGAUGAGGAUAUGGACGAAGUGCUGACUACAACUGGCCUGACAGAAGGUGUGACCCGCGUCAACCAGCACAACAAGGAUUCGUCCAAGAACAAAGACCACCUGGAAGUUGAGGUCUACGAGGAUGAUGAGGAAGUGAACCUUCUCAACACACAGGAGUCGUCCCAUGCCUUCGACUAAUGCCCCGUCAGAAUAGGGGUCUUGGGCUCCCAGGCUCUCGAAUUUAGAUCUCCAAGGUCCUCUUUUGCUUGUCUUGAGCACGCUGAUACGUAAGGGGAAAAUUGACAUUGUCGGCCGUGCAAUUUUAGAUAUCUCUCAAAGGAUAUUUUUAUGUAAUAUCUACUCACAUCUGUAUACAUGUAUUUGUGUGUAUGUGCAUAUGGGUAUGCAUUGGGGCAAGUAGCUAUGUAUCUAUUUGUGUAUUUAUGAUGCAUGUAUAUGCAGUGCUAGCAUUCAGUACAUGUAUACAUUUAUUUGUUUGUCUUGGGGUAGAUUUGCACUUGGUGGCUUUUGGAGACUAAACAGCGGCAAAAUCUCUAUUUCCUGUUUCCCUGCAAUGACAAAUUUUGUGAUAGGAAAGUGAACAGUAAAGAGAUGGAUAUAAUUUUAAUGUAUAAGACUGGGUUUCAAGAUUGAACUUGCAAUAUUCAUGAUGUUUAUCAAAGUAUGUAUAUAUCUAUUGUAUAUGAGUACAUUUCACAGUAAGAGAAGGUUUUAAUUCUUUAAUGUAAAAUGAAGAACUAAUCAGUGAAGCAGAUUUGUGGUGAACAAAAUGUGUACUGAUAAUAGUACAAUAAUUCAACCAAUUUCAAAGACACAACCUACCCUUAUUGCCUCUUUAUUCCGCUGUUGCCUCCUCAUCCCCAGAAUGGCUAGAAUUCUUUCCUUAAGUUAAAGCUCUUCUCUCCAUCUUGCCGUUCGUUUUUUGCAUGCUGGAUCGCUCAAGGAUGAUAACUUGUGUAAUGUUUAGAAUGUCUGUCAUACGGAUUCGUAAGUGACAGACAAAUGAGAGCAAGUCACCAAGUGUGCUUCCCUGGAUAUUAUUUUUUUUAUUAUUAUUUUUUUCUUCUUCUUAAUUUCUUCCUUGUAUCUAUCCAUAGUAAGAAGUUCCUUGUCAUAUGUUGGAUUAUUCCAAAAGCAGUGCUUAAAAAAUUACAAUGUGUUCUACCAUUCAAGCAGGGAAUUAUUUUUAUUAUUAUUUUAUUUUUUUAUUUUUUGUUUGUUUGUUUGUUUGUCCUUCCACUCUCAAAACAAGAAGAGAAAUAACCUCAAGAAAGUCAUAACUGAUGUGCAAGUUGAUCUUUUAUAUUGAUAUUAUUAUCACAGCUGAGAGUAUGUAUAAUAAUUUAGGCUAUAAAAGAAAUUGCUGUCAGUUGCAUUGUAUUCUUUAGUAAGCUGGUUAUUUUUAUUCCUGUGUAAAUGAUGAGGACAAUAUUCCCUAUGUUUGCUUGGUGUAUAUGUAAGUUUGUAAGCCCGUGUUGAUUAUUAUGAAUGAGAGACACAUUGAAGAAACUUUCAGAUCAAUUAUUUUGCUAUAAGAUAAUGUGCUGGGGAGAUUUUUAAGGUUCUAUAUAUUUCCUUCCCCAAGAUGAAAAAUGAUAAGGAUUAAAGUAUGAUGAUGAUAAGACUAUAGUAGAGGAAAUGUUAAUAAUAUUAACCCGUAAUUUAACAAUGGUUAAAUGAUCUGUACAGGAUUAUUCACUUUGAUGGAGCCUUCGUCAAGGAGCAGAAAGUUGUGUAAUAAAAGAAAAUUGAAGUGAUUAAAGGAAGUAAUUUUCUAACCACCAAAGGACUAAUACAGAGAGAUAUUUAUUGGGAUUGUGCAACAAACCUCAGCCAUUUUUACGCAAUUUGGCAUAUGUUAAGUUGCAGCAGAUCUCCGAAUUGCUGUAUGUUAAUAUUCACACUUUUUUUUUCUUCAUUUUUUUAGAAUUGAAUACUAGACAGUAAGUGAGAUUAACCAGUAAAAUUAGAUUGUAAGUGAAGCAUAGAAUCCAUCCUAUUACUAGAAAUAUUUAUUUCCUUUCAUUAGUCAUUCAUCAUUGGUAUUUUUGUUACUAACCUUUCUCCCUGUGGAUCUGAAAAGCAAACAAGACUGAGAAUUGAUAGAUUUACAUAUUUUACUUCUUUUUUCUCUAUUUUUUUAGUUUCUUUCCAUCUUAAUCUUGUGUACUCUGGAGUCACUACUAUUACUAGAAGACAAAGUUCUAAUAGUUCUUGGUGACUGCUGUGUGGUUUUAAGACUUCUUUACAGUAUUUAAGUAUAUUUUGUUUCUUAUAAUUAGAUGAUAAUGAAAACUACUUGGAGGAUUUAUUUUGUCUUAUUGGGAGAGGAAUAUUAAGAAUGGUAAUAGCUGUUUAGUAAUUGUGUUUAUGGUGAUUUAUCUUGAAUCUAUUUCCAUUCUGAUCAUCAUUUUGAAGCGCUUUGGAAAUAGCGAGGAAAAGGUAAUAUACGGAAUAGUUGCAUCAUCAUAAAAGAACAAGGAGGUUUUUACUAAAGAUACAUUUUGACUGGGGUGAGUUGGAUAACAGACAGACGAAUCCUAAGACCUGAAUAGAGAACAUAGAUAUUGUCCUGGUGUGCUUGUUUUCCCUCAAGAUUUUAGUGGUCUUUGAAGUGCUUCUUCUAGGGUGAUUUUCACUGUUGCUUCAGUUCCUUAGAGGUGAGACGGCACGAAGACGUUCCUUGGGAUAUUUCAUCUUUCAUUUUGGCAAGAUAUUGCAAAGGAUAUAUUUGCAAAUGUAACACUCGACCCAGGAGAUUAAAUGUACAAAAAUAAAAGGUAUAACUCUAUAUGAAAAUCAUCCUUUAGAUUUGUUAUUCUGAUUUAUUAUCAAUGAAUUUUAACCCUAUUGGAAGUAUAUUUUGAUUCUCAGUUUUCAAUCAAAAAGAUAUCUGAUAAGCAUAUGUAACUUUCUGUCCUGAUUCAUUUUAUAAAAGUAAAUUCUAAUAUAAAUGAAUUAGUGAAAGGGAUCGCCCUUUAUGGAAUUAGUUUAAUAAAAGGAAAUUGUAGCUAGUCAUAAGCCUAUAUAGUUCUUUUCUUUGUAAAGAAAUAUAUCACUUUGUGAGGUGUGAGAUAGUUUUUUCUUUCGUAGAUACUAUUUUGUUAGUGUGUACAUGUGUGACUGUGAUUUUAUUUUUUUUCUGUCUUUCAUAUCAUGAUUGGAUUUUACAGACUCGCUAAGUUUGAUAUUCAUUUGGAACUCUGCUGGAUAAAACUCCGUGUGAAAUUAUGAGAUGGGAGGUUCACCUUAUAUCCGAAUAUUAUUUUUUAAUCAUUCCAAGUAUAUUGUGUAAGAAUUCUUUUUUUUUCUUUCCACAUGACAAGUGCAUCAUGAUUUAGAGUAGCUUUUUGCUUUAAUGUAGGUAAAAGACUUGACACUGUAGAUGACCGUUCUCACCUUAAUGUGUACAAAAUUGUCAAGGUGUUCGUAUGAAAACUUGUGCAUAUUUUUAGGUUCGUCUCGAGUGGGAACUUGUCCUAAAUAUGCACCACUUCAGAGGAACGUUUGUCUUUGGCCCCCUGUAAGGGUACAUAUGAAUGAAAUAGAUCAUGAUAUUUUCAUUUAGUGUAGAUUCAUCUCGACUGAUAAUGAAUCAAGAAUAUUCUACUGUAGUGUGGACAAGUUGUGCAACAUAUAAUUAUUAUUAUUUUUUUCGUCCCUUAAGAAUAAAGCAUUUGUAAAUUAUCCAAUACAGAAACAAAGCUUA